GUUCGAAAAUUCGUCAACUGUUCAACGAGUCAAAUGUUCACUGGGAGCUGUCACUAGCAGUGCGUGUCAGUUUGAACCAAUUUGUAAACAAUAACACCUACGGCAUUGCACAAAAAGACACGCAAGAUGGGAUUUCUAACGAUUCUAAAGAAAAUGAAACAAAAAGAAAAGGAAAUGCGAAUAUUGUUGCUUGGUCUCGAUAAUGCCGGAAAAACUACCAUCCUGAAGAGAUUCAACGGCGAGCCAAUUGAUCAGAUAUCGCCCACGCUUGGGUUUAAUAUCAAAACGCUGCACUACAACGACUAUGUGCUGAACAUGUGGGACGUUGGAGGCCAGAAAUCGUUGCGAUCGUACUGGCGCAACUAUUUCGAGUGUACCGAUGGGCUCAUCUGGGUCGUCGACAGUACGGAUCGGAUGCGCAUGGAAUCGUGCCGCGAGGAACUCACACUGUUGCUCCAAGAAGAGCGACUAGCCGGUGCCACACUGCUGGUUCUAGCCAACAAACAGGAUCUGCCCGGAGCACUAACGGCGAACGAAAUCAAGGAGAUAUUGCAGCUGGACAAAAUUGAAACACAUCACUGGUCCAUACAGAGCGUGAGCGCAGUGACGGGAGGCAAACUGGUGGAAGCCAUCGAUUGGUUAGUGGAAGAUAUAUCGAAAAGAAUUUUCACACUAGAUUAGUUACACAAAACCCGUGAAUAGAUUAGCAUUUUCUGCAAUAAGCAAAUGUAUUUAGCGCGAGAAAUCAGUCGCGCGUAGCGCUAUUCCAGAUGCGAUUCUUUGUUUUAGCGUUCAUCUUAUCGCUGGCACUUAGUGGCGUUAGGUGGGCCGCAUCGACAAUAUUUCUGUGGGUGAUAAAAAAAACCAAAACAAAAAUGAUAGUUUCGCAACAAUUGAUGAGCACAAGACAUGCGACACUCACUUGAAAUCGUCAUAGUUUUUCGAUGUCAGUACCGCCCGCAACUUGGCAUCGUUCCGCACAGCAUACAAAACAUCUUCUCGUAUUUGUUCCAAACAGCGUGCCUCUAGUGCGAUUAU